CUCUGUCUCUCUCUCUCUCCUUUAUUUGCUGUGGGACUCCCCUCCUCCCCCACCCUCCUCCUCCCCCUCUGAACUGAGCUUCAAAAGCGCGAUCCAUGGUGCAAAAGCUUCCUUUUCUCCGUUUUCCUUUAGGAUGGCAUUCUUCAAAUAUCUGCGCUCUGUUAAGAAUGAGCUUAUUCUCUUCUCGUCUCCUUUUCUCCUUCUUCCAUUGCCUUUGGUGAUCGCGACACCGGAGGCAGAAUGUGCCUAUGUGAUAAUCCUGAUGGCGGUGUACUGGUGCACAGAGGUCCUACCACUGGCUAUAACAGCUCUGCUCCCAGCCCUCCUUUUCCCCUUGUUUGGCAUCAUGCAGUCAAAAGACGUGUGCAUGCAGUACCUAAAGGACACAAACAUGUUGUUUGUGGGGGGACUGAUGGUGGCAGUAGCCGUGGAACACUGGAAUCUGCACAAGCGCAUCGCCCUGAGGGUGCUGCUAUUUGUUGGUGUGCGCCCGGCACUGUUGAUGUUGGGUUUCAUGGGUGUGACAGCCUUCUUGUCCAUGUGGAUCAGUAACACAGCUACCACAGCCAUGAUGGUGCCUAUUGUUCAAGCAGUGUUGGAACAGCUCAACAACAGUGACGCAGAGCUACCUCAGAUCCUCAGCUCAGAGGAGCAAGUCCAGACAUCAGAGACGGAUAGCAAACUGCCUUCACAGACAGAGAAACAGAGUGAGGGACAAGGUCCAGUGAUGGUGACUUUCUUGGAUGCCACAGUGGAGGCUACAAGGCAUAAGGAGGCAGCCGAAAGACGGAGAAUGUGUAAAGGGAUGACCCUUUGUGUUUGUUAUGCUGCCAGCAUCGGAGGCACUGCCACGCUAACAGGGACUGGUCCCAAUCUGGUGCUGAAGGGCCAGAUGAGCCAACUCUUUCCUCAAAAUGGAGAUGUGAUUAACUUCGCCUCCUGGUUCGGCUUCGCCUUCCCUAACAUGAUCCUCAUGCUUACACUGGCCUGGCUUUGGCUGCAGUUUGUCUUUGUGGGAUUCAAUUUUAAGAAGACAUGGGGCUGUGGAGCAGUGAAGACAGAGAAGGAGAUUGCUGCCUAUAAUGUGAUCCGUGAGCAGCAUCGUCUGCUGGGGCCCAUGUCCUUUGGAGAGAUCAGCGUCUUGGGUCUCUUCACUCUGCUGGUCGUGUUGUGGUUCACAAGGGAUCCAGGCUUUGUGGACGGCUGGGCAACAGAUAUCUUCAACUCCAGAGCAGAGUACGUGACAGAUGCUACCGUGGCAGUCUUCAUUGCCGUCCUCCUCUUUGUUCUGCCCUCAAAACCCCCACGUUUCUGUUCAUGGAGGACUCAAAGCUUUGACACAGCACCUCAUCAAAGUGCUGGCCCAACUCCACCUCUACUCACCUGGAAAGUUGCCCAGAAGAAGUUACCAUGGGGCAUCGUGCUUCUUCUUGGAGGAGGUUUUGCCCUGGCCAAGGGAAGUGAAGAAUCAGGACUCUCGAAGUGGAUGGGAGAUCAAAUGACACCCCUACAGAGCAUCCCUCCCUGGGCAAUUGCUAUCGUCCUAUGCCUGCUGAUUGCUACCUUCACAGAGUGCACUAGUAAUGUAGCCACUGCAACGCUCUUCCUACCGGUCUUAGCCUCAAUGUCCCAGUCCAUUGGAAUCAAUCCAUUAUACGUCAUGGUGCCUUGUACUCUGAGUGCCUCUUUCGCCUUCAUGCUGCCUGUUGCUACGCCUCCAAAUGCCAUCGUCUUCUCUUAUGGAUACCUCAAGGUUGCUGACAUGGCCAGUACAGGAAUCAUCAUGAACAUCAUUGGCAUCCUUUGCAUCACACUGGCCAUCAACAGCUGGGGUAAGGCCAUGUUUGACCUAGACUCCUUCCCUGCCUGGGCCAACGUCACCGGGGUGUGAGCCUGGUUCUGCCUUAAGAGGUGAUCCACGCACACCCUGCCCUCCCUCUCCACAGGUGCCAAUCUAAGACCUCUGGUCAGAGUGACAGCACAGGACGACACGGUGGACCGCCUGUGUACAAGUGCUGCUAGGAUGCAAGUCUCACAAGGCUUGUUUUCAUUGACAAUUGAGUCUUAUGCUUGUGACAGAAAGUGGUGAUGAAUAUGACUGAGAAUAGAAGAAAUGGUUGGAGGGUGAAAUUACUUAACUUUCUAUUUACAUUAUACCAUAAUGAUGUUGAAAAAGACCCCUCAUGGCCAAAAAACAAUAUGACAGAAAUCACAUACUGACAGUAUUCAUGUCCUUAAUGAAAAAGAGACCGUUAUCCUCCUAGGCAGAUAAAACUAGAAACACCAUUCAAAUCAGGUCUCAUUAUGAAAAAGGAAAUCAAAGGAAGAGCUGUUGAUAAGUAUUAAGUUAUUAGAAGCAUUAUGCAUAGUCACAGGUAGCCACAUUCAAAUAGCAAUAAGCCACACUGUAUAAUAUAGCACUAUUAAGCAGUUGUAGAACAUAACUACUCAAAUAAUGUACGUUAGGGCAUUUUUAGGUACUUGUGAUUUACUUGAAUAAUUUAAUUUAUGCUACUUUAAACUUUUACUCUAUUAUAUUUCAGAGCAAAAUGUUGUACUUUCUACUUUACUGCAUUUAUUUGACAGCUGUAGUUAUUAGUUGCGUUUAAGAGUAAGAAUUUAUAUAGAAAUCCAAUGAUGAGUUUGUAAAAUAUGAUGUAUUGUUGUAGAUUAAACUACCCAACAGUAUCUAAAGCUGUUAAAAUAAGCCCCACCUCAACCAGAUACAACUUAAAUGUUAAUACUUUAAUAAUAAUAAUAAUAAUUCAAUAAAAGUAUUACAUAUAAUACUGACUAUAAUACUGUUCUUUUGCUUUUGACACAUUUUUAUGUCAAUACUUCUGUACUUUCACUAAUUCAGUGCAAGACUUUUACUUGCAAAUAAAAAUUGUCGUUUUGCUACUUCUACGUAAGUAAAACACCUGACGUUUUGUAUGCACAUUUGACAAACUAGAUUCUGUUAGUUGGGUCAGCUGUUUUCACAUUUAAAGAUAAUGGGCUAAUUUGUACAGUACAGAAGAGAAAUGACUCCAAAUAAACAUGUACUUUUGCCCCCAUGCAUCCAAAUUGAGCCCUGCUUUGACCUACAUAUGAGGGGAUACAGUGCUUCCAGCAUCAGUUGAACUUUGAAAUGUAUCGUCACAGAGUAAGAAACCUAUAUGUGCCUUGUGCAAACAUACUGACUUCUUGUACUGUAAACCCAUUUUCAAUAUUUUAGUCAAUACAGGAUGUGCUGACAUUGUGCAGUGUCUCACUGCAAUAAUGAAUUCUGUCUGCAGUUGCAAUAAAGUUGUAUUUAAGAAUCAAUGUAUAUAUUUUUUCUUCUGACUUUUGCACACGUUAAAUUGGGAAAAUAAUAAAUGAACUCUUG